UGCAUGCUGGACGACAAGCUGCUCCUCCCACUCAUGCCGGGCGAGGGUGAUGCCCCCAUUCGCUGCCCUCUGCUCGCGGCGCUCUGCAUCGAAGCACCUCCAGAGGAGCUCGAGGAGCUCGCGCCGCAUAUCGCCGACGUGCUCGCUGCACGCGCGCGAGCAGGGGUCCCACUCCGGUCUCUAACUUUGCGCGUCCCACCGCGCGUAUACGCGUUUAACUCGCCACCUGAAGGCCUUGUGCUCGAUCGCGAGCGUCUUCUGCGGGAGGUAUUCGACGCCGCGGCAUGCUAUGUGGAGGAGUUGAACAUCGAGCUCGAUGUGGACGGCCCGGGCGAGCUCGCGACGCGUGGCACCUAUUGGGAUGUCGAGCUGUCGGUGGAGGCGGAGAAGUACUGGAUCACGCCGGACGACCUGGCGCCGCAGUGGUUCAAUUCUUCGAUUGAGGCCUUGUGAUCACCUGGAAUCUC